AUGAUCCUCGGCCCCGGAAUGCACCAUUUCUCAAUCUACCUCCCGAGCCCGACGACCGUGUCCUUCACGGUCUCAACACGCCCCCUUCACGUCCCCGUAGUCUCAACCAAUUCUUCCCGGGUACAUAUCCCCAGAGUGAAAGCACGGAUCUUCACGUUCCUCAAGCACGUCUUGCGCGCGCUCCUGGUCUUCUAUACCGCGCUGGUCACCGUGGUCAAAGCCCAGGGGUCGGUACAGUCGGCCAGCUUCGACGCGUACGCCGACUUGUUGCUCCACCUCAGUCUUUUCAGCGGGUUCAUCAGAUUCCUCGCCGACAAAGCAGAAUGGUGGAUUCUCGUCCCCGUCAGCCUCGUGGUCAUGUACGCUUGUCUACGGAGGGAUUAUGUCGAAGAAUCUCUCCUCGUCCUACAAGGCCUGGGAAUCCAGACGUCGACUUCAUCGCGGUACUUCUUCACAGGGCCAACCACGACGUUCAUCCCGACGACGCAAAUCCAGGAUAUCGUCAUCCAUGAAGCGUUCAAGGGGCUGGAAGUGAGAUUCUACUUGGCCGUGAUUGUCGAGGGCGCUACCGAGGUGGUGGUUGUCUUUCCGACGCUGCUCCCCCGGCGCGACAUCCUCGAGGAAGUCUGGCGAGGGGCUCGAAAAUGCUUGUACUCGGGCAUUCGAUGA